AUGAGAACCUUAUUUAGAGAGGACAAAGAGACUAUGGAAUUAAGCGCACCACCGUCAUAUACUCGCGCUAGAAACCAACAGGCUUGGUAUCAGAAAGAGAAGACUGGUGCACAGGAUGCAUCAAAGACUACAAUUCGACCAUACCUCGGUAUAAAAUCUCGAUCUGCUAUCACUUUACUAGCACCAUUCAUCAUUGGUGUUAUUUUCGCUAUUGUCACUAUUGCUAGCUUUAGGACAACGAUUGAUGGUAUAGCAGGUUCAACAAUCGCGUCUGCGAACUCAAUUUGUCGUCAUGUACAAGCUACAGCAGAAGAUGCGUUUAAUAUGCCCCUACAAGCUCAGAGGAAGCUUGGACAGCAAGUGCAAGAUUCCAUAACUGAUAUCAUAGCUGGAUUAGAGAGUGUAUUACUGUUGCUCAUCAAAGCAAUUCCUAUUAUUGUUAUGUUCUUCAUUGACUUCUACCGUUCACUUUUGCUCUGCUUUAUCCAAUUGAUAGUACAAGCUGCUCUGGCAGCGGUCACCGAGCUGGUUAGCUUAGCCAGCAGUGCUAUUGAAGAUGUGGCGCAUACAAUCGGCGAUGCCGUCAGCGGCGCGUUCAAUGUAGCGAAUGAUGCUAUAGACGGCAUUAAUGACCUCAUUUCGUGGACCGGAAAAUCUAUAGAUCCUAUCAAUGUACCCGGUCUAGAUGCCUUGAAUAGCUUUCAAAUGCCAGACAGCGUACAAAAUACUCUUAAUGAGAUAAAUGACAGACUACCUGACCUUGAAGAUCUCCGCAAUUAUUUAAAUGGAAUCGAUGUUCAAGGCAAAUUCGACAGUUACAAAACGAGUGCGAACGAUACUAAUGCGUUAGCAACAUCAAGACAACCUCAAUCGUUGAACUUCUGCUCAGAUUUGGACCUAUCCGUGGUGACCGAUCUGGCUAGCACAAUCAAGAAGAUAGGGUUGGUCAUAAUAAUCACAUUAUCAAUACUCGCUCUACUGUACAUUAUCUUUUUGGUAUAUUUGGAACGCAGUAGACAUUACCAAACGAAACAAUUCAUUGAAGAUUAUGCUAUUGCGAAAAGUCAUGACGAAAGACAUCUGAUGGAGUUAAUCGCCAGCAACUCAAAUCCUUAUGUAUACAAAUGGACGCGUCGUAUGCCCGCUACGAGGAGAGAUGGUAUUAGGUGGUUCGCUCUAAUUAUGAUGCACCCUUACAUCGUUACGCUGUUUUGCAUGGGCCUCAUAGGGUUUGUGUCGACCGGCGCUCAGUUAGUUAUAAUAGACAAACUUCAAAAUAAGUUUAUCGUACGCGCGCAAUCCUCGUAUAAUAAUAUAGAGACGCAACUUGAACAGGCGUUAGCUGCGUCUACCUCAGGAAUACUAUCUAAUAAGACGAAUAAUGCAAUUGACAUCGUGGAAACCACAAUUAAUGAUGAUAUAUUCGGAUGGGUGGAUGAGGGCGUCGUUCCCAUUAAUGACACAUUAACUGCGUUUGAGGAUGGUUUAAAUAAUGCCAUUGAGACUGCUUUCAACGGUACAUUCAUUGAGGAUGCUAUUGCUAACUACGUUCAAUGCGUUAUUGGAUCAAAAAUAGACACACUCGAAAGUGGCUUGACGUGGAUACAUGACAAUGCACAUGUGAAUUUAUUUAGAGUUCCUGAGGACAUAUUCAAUAUAUCUUCAUCACUAAGCAGCGCUAUGACACCGUUACAAAAAGUCUUAAUUGGCGACAGUAACACUGGUGAAAAAGAAAGUCUAACUCGAUCAAAGGUGCGGUAG